AAAACGUCAGUGAGAGCGCGAAAACAUUCACUUGAUAUCCGAACGCGCGCGAAGACAGACAUUUUUUGACCCAAGUUUUUAUCUUCUUAUAGUGCCCGUGCUGUUUUCGUGAAAAGUGGAUUUUUAAAUUUGAAUUAAAAAAAGCUACUCCAGUACUCCCAGAACGCGCCAUCUAUCCUGUCUGCUACAGUGGCUAGGAGACUGUUGGCGCUGCCGCGUACGCGCCGCACCAGCGACGCCACCCGCUUGCGCAUGAUGGCGUGGAAGCCGUCGGUGCGCGCCUCCGCGAACAUACCGCUAGCGCUGCAAUAGCGCGGGAGCCCCAACAGCAUCCUAAAAGCGUUAUUAUAUUGGACGCGUAGGGCGCUAGUAGUUUAACAUAACAUGGACGUGGAGAACGCGAAUUGCAAGAUGAGGGUGUCACAAUGCACUGACAUGGAAGUGCUGCCCAUCGAGAGACCCAUCAAAAUUGACCACGAGAUCACAGGGCUGGAGAAGCUGGUUGAGGAGCUGCACGCCAUCUUCUCCCGCGACCACGUCAACGUCCAGGAUGUCCAGAAGCUUAUGCUGGGCUACAAGAGCAAUCCCAAGGACUGGAAGAAGUAUGCCAAAUUUGACCGCUUUCGUUAUACGAGGAACCUGGUAGACGCCGGUAACGGAGCAUUCAACAUCAUGAUCCUCUGUUGGGGGGCAGGUCACGCCUCUCCCAUACACGACCAUGCUGACUCACACUGCUUCAUGAAGAUACUAUCAGGGAACCUUGAGGAAGUCAGAUACGACUGGCCGGAACACGUGCAGCCCGAAGUCCUAAGGAAGCUCAAGAACAAGAGUUGCUGCGACAAAAUGGCGGACCAAGAUGGCUGCCGGUGUGAGGAGGAUGGCGGAUAUGAUGCGGGCGACAUGAAAGAGAUAGGGAGAGCCCGGCUAGAGUUGAAUGAUGUGUGUUAUAUCAACGAUGCCCUAGGCCUCCACCGGGUAGAGAACCCCUCGCACGCCGACAGCGCCGUGUCCCUCCACCUGUACUGCCCCCCCUUCGACAGCUGUCGCGUGUUCGACUCCCGGACCGGGAAACCCACCACCGUCACCACCACCUUCUGGUCUAUUAAUGGGAAGAAAGUGAAACGGGUGAUGGAGGCCAACGAAUGUGCAGACAGCCAGAACUGAGAAAAAAAAUGUAUCUAUAAUACAUUAAUUGGAACAAAGAAUAAAAUGGGACCAAAAACUAUGUAAUUUUUUUUAUACUAUAAUAAUAAAUUAUAUUGAUUAGCUAAGUAAGUAUAGUUGGUCAAGCAGAUCUUGUCAGUAGAAAAAGGUGGCAAAUUUGAAAAAUGUAGGCGCGAAGGGAUAUCGGCUCAUAGAAAAUUUGAAUUUCGCGCCUUUUUCUACUGACAAGAUUUGCUUGACCAUCUAUAUUCUAAAGCAGUUAUGAUAUGUGCCAAUGGACCAAAAGUCGGUAUUGGAUUUAUCCUUAUAUGAUUCAUGAUUUGACUAGUGGACAAUGCCGUUUCGAAUGAAGUCCGCCAUUUUGAAUAUUUUUUCUUGUUUUUAUACAUUAAUGUAUAAAUGUAAAUAAUGUUAAAACAGCUAACAAUCAUAACAUUAAUAAUACAAUACAAUAUAAAUGCUGUUCCAAAAUGUGUAACAAAUCAUUCCAUUUGUAUACUAAGAAACCAUACAUAUCUAAUUGUUGUAAUUUUACAUAUAAAUACAAAGAACGUAAUAUUAGAUAAUACCUAAAGUACAAACGAUAUAACUUUUGUACUCAAUUUUAUAGGUUAUAAGUCAAAAUAAUAAUUAUUAUUGUAAAUAGGUAAGUACUUGUUAAUAUAAAGACAAGUUUAAAUAGGUUUGGUAAUCAAUUUAAAGAAUUUCCUUCUAAAUAUUUUUUUAUUUUGUAAUAAGUGUUAAUAUGAAAAACUAUCAAAUAAAUUAUCGUAUUAAAUUGGACAAAA